GAUUCCCUCUCACUAAUAAUGGCUUCUGUUCAACCAUUGCCAACUGAUAAAAGAGGUAAGCAUCGGAUUGUGGCAGAAUUGAAGCGUCUCCACCAAGAUUCCAAAUUUCUUGAGGAAGAGCUGGAGGAGCUCGAGAAAACAGAAAAUGUGUCAACCAUCUGCAUGGAUUUGUUGCAAAACAUGGAAAGUAGACCUGAUCCGCUGCUCCCUGAAAUACAUGGACCUGUAAACCUGUUAUGGGAUAGAUGGUUUGAAGGGCCUCAGGAUCCACACGCUUGUAGAUGUUGGAUACUCUGAUCUGAAGCACUUAAGUUGUCUUGAGGCACAAUAGUAUG